CGCAUGCGCCGUGCCGCGGGGCGGUUGGCGGGCUGCGGGCGGGAUGGGGCUGCUUCAGGACUGCCAGGCCGCCUUCGGUGCCGCCGACCUGUACGGCGCGCUGGGCGUCCGCCGGGAGGCCUCGCCUGAGGAGAUCCGCCGCGCCUAUCACCGCGCCUCGCUCCGCGUCCACCCCGACCGGGCCGAGCCCGAAGCCAAGGAGGAGGCGACGCGGCGCUUCCAGAUCCUGGGCAAAGCCUACGCUGUGCUGAGCGAUGCGGAACAGCGCGCCGUGUACGACGAGCAGGGCACGGUGGACGAGGAGGGCGAGGCGCUGCGGGCCGAGCGGGACUGGCAGGAAUACUGGAGGCUGCUCUUCAAGAAGAUCACCGUCAAAGAUAUUCAAGACUUUGAGAAGAACUACAAAGAUUCAGAGCAAGAGCUAGCGGAUAUUAAAUCGGCUUACAUGGAUUUUGAGGGUGACAUGGACAGAAUAAUGGAGUCAGUGCUGUGUGUAGACUACACGGAUGAGCCAAGAGUGAGGAAGAUCAUAAAAAGAGCCAUUGAUGCUGGAGAACUCCCAUCCUACAAAGCUUUUGUGAAAGAGUCCAAGCAGAAAAUGAUGGCAAGAAAGAGGCGGGCUGAAAAAGAAGCUAAGGAGGCAGAAGAGAGCAGAAAAGAACUGGGCCUCGGUGAUGGAGAAGAUGACUUGAAAGCACUGAUUCAAAGCAGAAAUAAAGACCGAAAAAAGCAGAUGGAUGACUUUUUGGCCCAAAUGGAAGCAAAAUACGGGAGUAACGCUAAAAAGGGAGGAAAGAAGACUGCAGCCAAGAAAGGAAAGAAAUAAAG